AUGGCCGCAGCCGAUGCCCAGUCUCGCCUGCUCGAGGCGGAGGCCGCCCUCGACCUGCUCGUCGGCGUGCCUGGGCUUGCCGAUCGGGUCCAGGUGGCACUCCCAGCGCUGGCCGCGCCUGUGCGGGGAGAGGCGCCGACCUGGUUGGAGCAGCUACGGCGCAACGUGGCGCUCCAUGCCGAGGCCGACGGAGUGAAGUCGAUUGCCUCCGCCUCGGCAGCCCCCCUCAGGAACGCCCAGAAAGGUCAACGCCUGGGGCCGCGGCAAAAGGGUGCCCGCAGUGCUGGCGACCAUGGCGACGGUGUCUCUCGGCUCGGAGGCCUGGACAUCGACGUGGAGAUCUGCGAGGCCGAGCCUUUGCUGAAGCUCACGGGCGGUCUGCCGCCGCGGCAGCGCACGCCGCUGAGAUCUUCGGCUGAGCCAUUCUGUUUGCACGUGUUCGAGGGCUUGCGGUGUUCGCGCGGCGCGGUGGUGUACUCUUCCUGCUCCGUCGCCGCCGCCCUCGGGGUGCAGGAGGUCCCUGGAGGUGCUGCAGGCCGCGCGCUGCUGCCUCCCGUCUCGGGACAUGCUGAGGGAUCUGAUGUCGACGACGUGAUCCUGGACGGCGAGGCCGACGCGGACACCUCGUGCUCGGUUGAAAAGCCGCCAUAUGCCGAACAUUCAGCCAGUGUCGCAGCCGCCGCCGCCGCGUACCUCGCCGCCUUUCCGCAGGCCCUUCUCAGCGGGAGCGGUGGCGGCAGGGUUCGCAGCGAGGUCGCGGCAGGGGCCUGGUGGCGAGCGAGGGCCGUCGUCGCCCGCGCGUGGCUCACCGCUGAUGCUGCGACGCUGCAGGAGGGCGGUGCUGCGGGGUCUGCCACCCCGCCGCCGCCGCCGCUUGACGAGACCGUGCCCGCCGGAGGGCAGGUCGUGCGGGCCGUGUGCCCGCUGUCGGGGUGUGCUGCCGGCGCCGAGGCGCCGCCGCUGCUGCGGUUUCUGGGCCCCGCCUGGACGCGCCACGCAAAAGCCGUAGACCUCAUCCACAUGAUCGAGGGCGACUCCUUCGGCCUCAGGCGCAUCCUGUCAGCCCACGUGGCCUGGGCCAUGGCGCGGUCCUCGCGGGGUGGCGGCGGCGGAGGCAGGCGCAGCAGGACGUACUGGAUGUGCAGCUGCGGUGGAUGGAACUGGGACUGGCGCACCACGUGCCUUGGCUGUGGGUACGCGGCCCCGCCCUGGGCGCUGGGUGCUGCUGCCAAGGCCAAGCCCCAGGCGGACAAGGGCGGCUGGGUGGAUCAGCCGCGCGGGCGCCGAGCGCAACGGCAGGCCCGCGGCGCGGCAACGAGUGCGGCAACCUCCAAGUCGCAGACCUCGGCGUCGGGCGCCAGUGGGGCGCCCAGCGGCAGCGGCGCCGCAGCGAUCGAGAGGCUGCAAGUGGCGGUCGAGCAGCUGGAGGCGCUGCAGGCGGAGCCGCCCGACGGAGUCGACUGCUGCUUCACCGACGUCGUCGCCAGCCAGCUGGAGGCCAAGCGCGCCGAGCUGGCAGAGGCCCAGCGGGCCGCAGCGGAGCAGAAGGCGUCCUCCAUGCCGCUGUCGACGAUGCUCCACAAGGAGGCGAACGCCAUCAGCAAGGCGGAGAAGCGCCUCCGAGCAGCGCGCCAGAGCCUGGAGCAGAAGCAAGAGGCUCGCGGACUCGUUGAGGCCCAGCUGCAGAAGGCCCAGGAAGAGCCGGCGCAGCUCGAUGCGGAGGUGGAGGAGGCCAGCCGUACGCCCCACGCCCUCGAGGGGGAGGCCAGAGCGGAGGCCGCGGCGCAGCUGCGCCAGCGCGCAGCCGAGUGGGCAGGGGCCAGCCAGGUCCCAGGGCUCCUCAUGCAGCUGGACAAGCUGCCCGAGGCCUGGGGCUCCAGCAACUUCGAGGUGGCGUGGGCAGGCGCUUUGCAUAGGCAGCUGGAGGGCGGCGGCGCUGAAGCGGCCCGCUUCGGAGGCACGCGGCCCCUCGACCUCGGGAGUGCGCAGGCCCCGCCGGCGCCGGGCCAGGCUGGGACGGCAGCUCAGGCGACCCACCUGGCUCCGCACCGCCUGGGGGAGGUCAGAGGAGCAGAGCGGCGCAUGGGCUCUACGGCGUUCCUCCACGCGUCGGCGCCCACGGACAAGGAGGGCCAGCUGCUCUACCAGGGACCGCGGUUCAUUUCCGUCGUGGGCCUGGCCACCGAGACGCUCAGCACUAACGGGACAGGUCUGGCAGUGUGUGCGAGUAGCCUCACUGUAGCCAAGCCGCCUGGGCUGACAGCCCUCCGCGCCGCCCCAGUGGGCGGCAAGCUGCUGGGUGAGGCUCGCUACGUCGACGGCGACAUCGCGCUGCAGGCCGUGGGCGCGGAGCAGCUGGUGGCCGCGUGGUUCGGCAGAGCGGGGCUGGAAGUUGUGCGCCGCCUCCGCGGUCAGCACCUGCCCCUCAGUGCUGCCAAGGCGUCUUGCCUCGCUCCGAGCCCCAGCCCAGGACGCCAGCUCGGGGCGUGCGGGAAGUCGCUAGGCUGGACCCUCUGCGUGACCUCACUGGCCAGGAACCUAGGUUCGGUCCCCGCCAGCGCGAGGCGGGGAGCACAUGAGGGCAGAGUCCGAGCUGCAGGAGCGCUUCGCCGAGCGCGCAGGCUGGACCCGAUCCACAAGGCUGGGCCCGCGGCCAGCAGGGGGAGCGAGCGCACGGUCACGGACAACGCGGACGGCGAGCUGCAUGGUUGGAGGCCUGCGGCCUGUCGCAGCGCAGGAGCGCUCCCCAUGGGCGCAGAGCGAGGGCUGCGCAUGCGCUAUGGCGAGCUCAGGAGGAGGCGCAACCUGGACCCUGCAGCUCUCAGGGCAGGCCACGCAGUCCAGGUGAUGGCGGGCCUGCUGCAGGCAGGAGAGCUGCCGCCUUUGCUGAUGGAGCGGGGGCUGGAGGCGACUGAGACCAGGCACGCAAAAACUGACGCGCCAUGGAAGCAUUGCGCCUCCCCCCUCGAGGCGGAGAAGCUGACCCGUGCGUGGAUCGACUGGCACUUCACGUCUGAGCAGUGCAUGGUCGCGGACCUCGGCGACAAGCUCGACCUCUUGCACCGCGGGCCCCAGGAGCUGGGCGGGGAGGCUGGCCCAGGCGCUUGGAGUGCAUCCUUUCGUCACGAGAUGCGGAAGCCCAGCCACGGCACCUACCUGCUGGAGACCUGCAUCUCCAGCCCGCGCUGGACGCAGGCCAGGCCCCUCGAUGCACACGAACAGGGGCAAGCACGCUGCAGCGGAGCAGAGAGAGGCACCUUGCGGCACUGCCAGCACGGCAGUCCUACGCACGAGGCCCAGCGGCACGGCAGAGGCAGCUGGCUGCCUGCGCACAGGCCACCGCAGGGUCGCCGCACCGACGCCAUGGGGGGCGGAGCCAUUGCGCACCGCGACGGUGACGGCAACCUGGUGGCAGAGGUCUACGAGGCAGACGGGCGCGACCGCUGCCCGCAGCGGACGGCCAAGGACGGCGAGGACGUGGAGGCCUGGAUGCUCGCCGCUCUCGCUAGGCCAGCAGGGGAGGAGGUCAGCAUCGACUGUUCUAGGCAUGCAGUGCUCGGCGGGCGCCUGGCGGAGGCCCAGAGGCGAGACAUCGAGCGCGCCGACCGCCUUGCCCUGAAGAGGGCCCAGGUGCAUGCAGUGGACAAGCCGACCGUUGGCGUGCACCAGGCGCAGGCGGGGUUCGUGCAGGAACUCGGGCGCUGGAUCUGCUCGGGCAAGGCGUCGAGGCCAGGGGCGGCGAAGGGAUCCCUCACGCUGCCGAGCGGCGCCAGGAGCGUUUCGCUGACGCCGAGAGGCAACAGCUCGGCAGCCCUUUCGGCCAGUGCGGUAGCCUUCAGCAUCCUGGGACAUGCCCUGUCCUACGCCUGUGCUGGAGAAGGUGAGGGCACCCAGGAGCUCGUGGCGUGCUCCAAGUGUGGCGCCUACAUGACGCUGAGCGGCCGCUCGGGGGCUAAGCCUCGCCUCAAGGAGCGGUGCCCAGGCGACAAGUCCGACAAGGGCGGCAGGAACCAGCGCAGCCUGUGGCUACGUGGGCCCCAUCCUGGAGGCAGGGGGCAGGAGGGGUCGCGAGCGGCCAGGCACAGAGUGAAAGGAGAGGGCAUCCCUACGCUGCGCUCGCAGGGUCCAGUGCCAGAGCGCGCGCAGAAGCGGUACCUGGAGUGGCUUGGCACGGCAGCGGGGUCAGUUGCAGACCCCUCGGCCACGGCGAGCAGUGCAGGCAGCGCCCCAGCGGCAGCUGCGGAGCCGCGAGUGGCUGCGGACCCAGGAGGAGGCCCCUCGGGCGCGGCCGAUGCCGCGGCCGCCGCCAGCCCGCACAAGCGGCGCCCAGCUGCGGUGAGAGCGGGGAACCUCGGCGAGUUCGGGGUCGUCGAGGAGGGGCUCGCCGCCGCGGCUGGCACUAAAGGCGGAGCCCUGGAAGUCGAGUUCGCGGCGAGCGGUGGCCCAAGGCGGCCCCGCUCGGUGCUGAGUGGCGGCCCAAGGGACCUCGGCAGGAUCUUCAUGGAGGAGAAGGAGAGGCUGCCCAUCGAGUUCCAAGUCCACCGGGACCCCGACAAGUGCACCCCGAGCUCCACCUCUCCGGGCGCCACGAGCUCCGGCGCUCUGCUGUCGCCAGAGCCGCCGGAGGCCAAGAAGAGACCCACGAGACUGCCUUCGGCGAGCAGGAUCAUCAACGGGGGCAAAGACCACG